CGCCAGGCUGUGCUUGAGAAGCGGCCUCUGCUGCAUCCCUGCCCACCAUGGCCAAGCCAACAAGCAAAGAUUCAGGCUUGAAGGAGAAGUUCAGGAUUCUCUUGGGACUGGGAACCCCGAGGCCAAACCCCAGGUCUGCAGAGGGCAAACAGACGGAGUUUAUCAUCACCGCGGACAUCCUGAGAGAACUGAGUGUUGAAUGUGGUAUCAACAAUCGCAUCCGGGUGAUAGGGCAGAUCUGCGAAGUUGCAAAAACGAAGAAAUUUGAAGAGCAUGCAGUAGAGGCGCUGUGGAAGGCCGUGGCGGACCUGCUGCACCCGGAGCGGCCCCCGGAGGCCCGGCACGCGGUGCUGGCUCUGCUGAAGGCCAUAGUGCAGGGGCAGGGGGACCGCUUGGGCGUUCUCAGGGCCCUCUUCUUUAAGGUCAUCAAGGAUUACCCCUCUAAUGAAGACCUCCAUGAGAGACUGGAAGUGUUCAAGGCCCUCACGGACAAUGGGAGACACAUCACCUACUUGGAAGAAGAACUGGCUGGGUUUGUCCUGCAGUGGAUGGACGUCGGCCUGUCCUCAGAAUUCCUCCUGGUACUUGUGAACUUGGUUAAGUUCAACAGCUGCUACCUGGAUGAAUACAUUGCAUCAAUGGUCCAUAUGAUCUGCCUGCUGUGUGUCCAGACCGUGUCAUCCGUGGACAUAGAGGUCUCCCUGCAGGUGCUGGAUGCCGUGGUCUGUUACAAUUGCCUGCCGGCUGAGAGCCUCCCCUUGUUCAUCGUCACCCUCUGCCGUACCAUCAACGUCAAGGAGCUCUGUGAGCCUUGCUGGAAGCUGAUGCGUAACCUCCUGGGCACCCAUCUGGGCCACAGUGCCAUCUACAACAUGUGUCGUAUCAUGGAGGACAGAGCCUACAUGGAAGAUGCCCCGCUGCUGAGAGGGGCUGUGUUCUUUGUGGGCAUGGCUCUCUGGGGAGCACACCGACUCUACUCCCUCAAGAACUCCCCGACGUCCGUGCUGCCGUCGUUUUAUGAGGUGACUGGGUUUGUGCACCAUAGUAGCUGGGUGGGGGGGGGGGGGGUGCAGCUUUUGGUCACUUGCUUUGCAUCUUGGAGACCAUGA